CGUUUGUUGUGUUGUGCUGUUUUUUCCCGAAAGACGACCAUCGCGGGCCGCCACGUUCAGUACUCGCGCACGUUCCGUCGGAAUCUUGCCUUUCGAGACCAAGUAAAUCAAUUUUCACCCCGCUCCACACUCAUCCGCCCCUCACUCAUCUCUCUGUGUGUGUGUUUGUUUCCCAGCCUGAUGGCCGAUCAGUGAGUAGUGUGGGGUGGGAAAAUCUGUGUGUGUGCUUUUUCCGUGCACAAUUUUCCUGCAUUUUCCACGGCUAUUGUUUUCGUGUGUCCGAGGUGGGGGAGGAGAGCUACCUGAGCUGGCAAAGGUGCAAGCCUCGGCCAAUUGGUUGGCGAAGUCGGGAUUUUUUUUUGCGAUGGAAAACUAGAAGAAAGGAAAAUCGCGGUGGAAAACUCGGCUUCGGCAAGAGCCUCACCUGGGAAAGUGUUAUUUAGGCAAACUCGCACAAGUGCACUCAACUUUGCCAGAAAGACGGCCGAGGAAAGUUUGGGGGGCACGGAGGUGGCCCGCGGAGUGUGAAUAGUGUCCAGGUCAGUGUUCUUAAGUGCCGUUCACGGGGUGGGUUCUGCUGCCAAGAGAGGAUUAUAGAACCCGAGGCCGAGAAAAAUGUCUGCAGUCCGCCGAGUCGCCAAUUGAUUACGACGGCCAAAGUAAAGUGAGUCCUGUUAAGGUGCCUUCACGAACGGAAAGGACCUGUCCAGACGCGGCACGUAAACGAGGAGGAAUUUUCCUGCCGGAAUAGAAAUGUAAGAAAAUCGAGAUGAAAAGUGCUGUGCCAUAUUAUGUUCCACUGUUUACGAAUCCCACGUCCAACCCGCUAAUCGCCGCAUAAAGAGACAAGCAACGUCCGGUAAUAUUCAACCCGUAACACCCGCAACAAAGCGCGCACAACAACGAAAAUGCGGAUCCACGUGGGAUAAAAGCACCGGGUGUUGAUCGCCGAGAGAGGACACCAUAACCCACCACCAUGAAGGCCAAGACCAAACGGGCCAUCAGCCGUAGCCGUAGCUGAAGUGUGCGAGCGUGGGUGGGGUGGGGUUGGCGAGGGGGCGGGGAUUUCGAGUGUAUCGCGCAAAACAUUUUGCAUGUGCCAAAGCACAUCACGACGAGAUACGAGGCGGUGGGGUUGACACUAGGAUUAGGACACCCGUUGCAGGCUAGCUGCACGAUAGGACAUCGCAGGACAUACUAAACGCACACACCCACACACCGACUUCUAAGGGAGGAGAUGCAUUUUUGGAUCGAUAAGCGCUCGCAAGCUUGUGGUUUUGGAAGAGCACGGGUGGCGGCGUCCCUGUCCAGUGGGGGCGGACUUGGCUUUGGGCAUCCCCGGCGCAUACCGAGAAAAUCAAUGGUUACCCCAAUUCAUCGGUUUCAAACGGUUGACUGCACCCGGCCACAUCCCUACCGGAAUCAGCAGCAGACUCAGUCGCCGCAGCAGAACAGUAACCAUCAUCAGCAUUAUCAGCAACAGCAGCAGCAGCAGCAGCAAUCGAGCAACAAUCAGUCGCACAUUCAGCAUCACCAGGCUCAGUUGCACAGUAGCAGUAACAACAGUGGCAGCGGUAGUGGUGGUCACUAUAAUCAGCAUAAUAGCAUAGUUCCCGCGGCAACGCAGCAUCAAAAUCAUCUCCAUGGACAGCAGCAGUCACAGCAGCUGCAGCAGCAACAUAUUAACAGUAGCAGCUAUCAUGUGCCGGUCCCAGUGAAUCAUAUUUAUAGUAAUUCGUCCCCGCAGCCAAAUGCCAUCGAGAUCGACCACAGCGGGACGCUCGGCACGCUCAACCAGCACGUGGCACACGUGGGACAUGACGCCCAGCUGCUGCCGGCGCACCUCAAGUGCGGCAUGUGGGCCUCGCUGGCGCUGGCCACCGUGUUCGUAGCCGGGGCCAAGUUCUACUUUGACCAUCAGGGUACCGGACUGGAAGUGCUCAUAUUCUGUGCAUUUUCCGCCACCUUUUUCCUAGCGGCGUGCACGGUUUCGCUGUGCCGGAGGCCCCGGGACCUCCAGAUGCCCGCCAACAAUGUGAUAUCGGAGACGAUCUCCAACGCGGAGCAAACGUCCCUGCAGAAUAAUCCGGACCUAAUGAACGGCAACCCGUCGCCGCUGCUGAACGGCAGCGUGGGCGGGAUGAUUCCGGCAAAUUCGCUGGCCGUGCUGGCGCCACCACCGCCCUACCACAUUGCCAUUCUGCUGCCGGAAAGCACGAAGGACCUGGACGAAACGCCCCCGCCGUCGUACGAUAAAAUAUUAAUAUAAUCAAGGGGCUGUGGAAAAAAGAUGAAGAAGAGGGAGAGGCCACAGGAAGGGGGCAUUUGCAGUUGGCGCUGCAGUCGAGAGCACACGAGUUACCAAAGUACCAAAAGCACCUACAUCCGAAACGGCACCAGGUGUGUCACCACACUUUCAGUCACAGACAGUCAGUCAUAUUCAUUCAGUCAUUUAGGAGAACGGGUUAAGGAUAGUAUAUAGGGCAAAGGUAGACAAGACAGGGUAGGAGUGGUGCAAUUGCACCGAUGGAAAUGCACUUAUUCUGUAGUGGUGAAGUGAGGGAGCUUCCCGGUUUUAGCGUGAUUAUUUUAUGCAACGGAGACUUCAUACAAAAAUCUUUAUAUGCUUGAUUAUAACGACAAAAUUGACAAGCAUUUAGUAAAACAAAAUUAGGGGAACUAUUCUCAGCCUAUUUCUAUUAUCGGCCUAUCAUCACUUUGAUCAUGAAUUACAGCUUUCAUAAAGUGUUUUUGACUGUUCCAAAGUAAUACAUAGCUCAAAUAAAAGUGAGCACGCAACUC